CUUUCUGUUUGCUCAUUUUUUUUUUCUUCCUUGCUUAGAUCUGAAAAUUUUCUCUCUACAAAAUUGUUUCUGAACAAUGGUUUGCUCAAAAAUCAUGUUAUCUCUUGGUAAUCUGAACAUCAUUCUUACUACUACUUCCCCCAUAAUUCCUAUGAAACUGCCCGAAGAAGAAGAUGAAAACCCCUUUCUUGUUUUUGAUGAAGAUUCACCCACACAAUGAUUUCUCCUCUCAAAACAAAGUUUUAAUCCUUAAUCAUUUCCUCCUAGAAUAAUGUUGUGUCACUGCUAAUUUCCACCAACCUUCUGUUCACUCCGGCAACCCUUAGGGUGAUAGACUAUCCAAUCAUCUUUUCUCAAUUAGGUGAUCAAAUCGAGAAGUAGGGAGUGUAAAAAUUUUUGACCCUUGCACGUCGAGAAAUAUCACUGUUCGGGUGUAUGGUGCUGCUGCGGAUCGGCCAGUAGCAAGAACCUUAAGUGACGACGUUAUACCCAAGGAACUAUCAGAUGUCAGCAACAGGGAGCAUGAGAGCAAAUGAUGAUGGAGUGUAUAUGUUUACAGAUUGAUGUGGGACUUGCGAAGCCUCUGCAGCAACUUCUCAGAUCUCAGUGGCGUUGUGAUCCUGACUCGUGAGAUUAUCCUUUUCAAUAACAAUAAGCUGUGUGCGCAAGAAUUUAAGUGACGAGGCGAGGAGAAUUAAACUCUUGCCUCAUCUAUUUAUAGAUGUGACAAAAGGUCUUGGCUAAUGCCACAACAAUUAUGCAGUGAGGCUAAAAGCUACCUAUUGCAGCAUUAUUUAUAUAUAUGUGGCAAUGUAGUGCGGCAAUAGACUCAUUUUGUUGUAGUUAGUGGGGUUGUGAUCCUGACUUGUUCAAUGACAGUAAUCCAGAGGCUAUGUCUGCAAGAAUUUAACUUGCAAGGGGAAUGAAACUCGAUGCUGUGACAUGGGGGACACUUAGACAUGGGCAUUGUAGCAAGAGCCAGCCUUGCUAGCUUUGGAGUUGGUGAUGCUGAAUUGGAACUGCAGACUUAAACUGAUCAUACCUCUUUGAUUUGUGCAGACUACUUUAAUUAAUUAACAAUCAAUUACAUUCAGAACAGAAAACAAGCUAAAAUAUGUUUGUAACUUUGCUCAUACUCCUAAAAUAAGGAGAACUAGUUGAUCGGAAUGAGAAUUUACAGCAAUGAGAUAUCUCAAGUCUACUGAACUUUUCUCUGAUACCACACACAAACCGGAGUCGUUACUAUGAACGGAGUCUUCCCGGUGAUCUAAGGUCAAUGAUAAAGCAAUGUUGCUACAUUCAAUUCCAGCACUCCAUCAUGUUUGGAACCAGGAAACAGUUUCAUCUUCUGUGAGCAGAUAUUAUAGAAGUCAAAAAAGGUCAAGGAAGAUAAGUGUAACAGGUAAAAAUCUGAGAGUUAAUAAUAGUUGUAAGGAAUUGUUACUUGUUGGAUUGGUCAAGUCACUUGGUGGUGAGAGUUCUGUUGGAAAAAGCUGAAAUUGCUCCAGCUUCUGUUUUUUGAUUCUGGGGCUUAAUUUAUACUUGAAGUUGUCCUGACAGAAGUUUUAAAGGAAGUCAAAGAGUGAAGUUAAAGAGAUUGGUGUGCAUCUUUUCGUUUUAAAUACUACACCUAUUAACUUGCAGAACACGUUUGAGAAGUUACAGAAAGUGAGUUUAGGUCUUCCAAUGGCAUACAUACCUCCACACAAAAGGCAGUCUAAGGAUAAUGAUAAUAGUCCUGUUCCAACACCUUCAUUGCUUGUUCCUGAUCAGUUCAAGAAAAUCUCAUACUUGGGGUCUUCAGUUGGUUCUGGAUCAAAGAUGAAAAAUGAUACUGCUCCAAAUGUUAGAAAAAUCAUUUACGCGAAAGAUGCCAUUUCUAAAUGGUUUAUAGAAGGUGGUUCUACAUCUGAUGCUGAUCAGCUUCCUGCACAUUCAGUUCGGAUGGAACCUUUUCGCCGUCUCAAGUCACUUCAGUGGAAACGCUGGGGAGAACCAUUUGUUUUGGCUUCCGACUCCCUCGACUGCAGAGGAUUUGUGCAAAGUACUCCCUGGGUAUCCAUAACUGAGAACAUACGGUCUGAGCUACUUGCUUCUUUUGGAAAUCUUAGAGAAGAGAUGGGUUCGGGAGAGGUUGGAGCAUUACUAAAGCCUAUUUUCGUAAUCAGAAUUGGUAAAAUUCUCUUUCAUGGAAAGAACUUUUCAGGAGGUGUAACUAGUAGGGCAGCUGCCGAAUCUUAUUUCAGUCACGUCGGAAAAUCAUUUUGGACAAACCUUCCUGAUUCUUACAUGGAAUUUAUUCUUGCUACAGUUAUUCCAAAAAUCAGAGUUGAUUCUGAGCACACCAAGGAGUACUACCAUGUGAAGGUAUUUGACAAGUGCAACCCUGAAUCAUCUAUUUCAAUCAAAUGCCGAGUUAUUUCCGGACACCUUAAAAUACACAAGAUUGAGCUCAACCAGAAGAGGUGCCUAGUAGUGGAUGUAUCUUGCCUUGAUAAGGAUUUGGACCUGAGAUUGAUGUUAUCCACCAAGAGGGGAUUGACAACGUCAGUGAAGGGCGAUGCUGAGAAGUUAACUAGCUUAAGGCAAUUGGUUGAAUGUCCAACAUUGGAUUCUAAUGUGAAAGGUGGUUUGAGAUGGGCAAUGGGAAAGAAGUACUCUUCAGAUGGUAGAUAUACGGUUGUAGGUGUUUGGCACACAAAUGUGCGGAGUUUUAAGAAUUCACAGCUGAAGCUCAGGCUUAGAAAUGCAGACCGAUUCGAUUUCUGGGCUUCCGAAGGUGAAGUUGGCAAGGAAGUAACUCUUGAAUUAACAGGGAUCAACGAUUCGCUAAUGACUGGGACGGUUGAAAUGGAACAUACCAUUGCAGUCCUUCAAGAGACUCUAAAAUUGGUAUGGGAUCAUUUCUUGAGCUGUGACCUGUAAAUGCAUGUUUUUACUUGUUAGUGGCAAUACUAGUGCACUAAUCAGUCGUUGUCCUGUUAGAUGCUCCAAAAAGAUCUGUCUCUUUCUCUAUUGUAUGCAACUCUGGUAAAUCUUUAGAAUAAGGAGCGAGUCAGCUUUUUGUAUUUUGCUAGCUUGAAAUCAGAACUUGGUACUUCUUUGCUGAGCUUUAAGCUUUGACUGUGACUGUGUAUGCUUAUUGCAUAGUUCCUUGAGCUUAAAUGAACCUUGGUGUUUUAACUGGCAUAUAUAAAAAAUGCUGCAGAUCAAAUAAGAUUUCAUAUAUA